UGUUUGUUCCUGGGUUCUGAUUUCCCACAGUGAGGCAAUUGCCUUGGGGUGAGAAAUGUUGCAUCUUUCAGAAGGAUGUAUUAUCUGCCUGUCUCCUCUUUCCAGGAAGAGGUGAGCUAUGAAGAAAGAAUGUGUGAAGGUGGGAAAUUUGCCACCGUGGAGGUAACUGGGAAACAAUUUGAUGAGGCCUCCAAGGAAGCGGUGCUCAAACUUCUGAAAUACGUGGGAGGAACCAAUGAUAAGGGGGUUGGGAUGGGCAUGACUGCGCCCGUUUCUAUCACUGCCUUUCCUGGUGAGGACGGCUCCUUACAACAGAAAGUGAAGGUCUCACUCCGGAUUCCAAGUCAAUAUCAGGACAGCCCUCCAUGUCCUGGUGAUGAAAGCAUUCAGAUUGAAGAGCGAGAAGGAAUGACCAUUUAUUCCACGCAGUUUGGAGGUUAUGCCAAGGAAGAGGAUUACGUGAAUUAUGCCGCCAAGCUGCGCUCCGCCUUGGGGAGCGAGGCCACUUAUCACAAGGACUUCUACCUGUGUAAUGGCUAUGACCCCCCAAUGAAGCCGUAUUGGCGGCGUAACGAAGUCUGGUUUGUGAAGGAGUGAGUCACUGGCUCACUAAGAUGUAGGCCAAGGCUAAUGUCUUCUUCAGCUUGUUGCAUGUAGGUGGAGUCCUUGCCCUGUUCCAGACAAAACCACAGGCUUGCAGAGUCAAAAAAGGAGGGGGUGGGGAAGUGCCACCCUUCCUGGGGUCUCAGUUAUUAACAAAUAUUGACUCUUAAAAUAAUACAACAUGAACCUUCCCCAACAAAGCCUUCUGCCCAGGCUUGUCUCUUCCUAGGAUCCCCUGGCUUUAGUAUCUGUCCCAAGAGCUAGUUUCUUCCUGUUUCCUAGACUCCCUUAUUCUCAGGUGGGGAAAUGAGCCAACUGCACCAAGAAGUGCACAAAACUCGCUAACUGGUCGGUGUUGUGCGCACUCGCUCACAGCCUCUGCCAGAGGAGAGAGAUGCCUGUUGCCAACCAAAAUCUUUCUCACAAGUGGCUUUUCCACUCUGAUUGGAAGUUACAAUAGCUUGAUUCCAUGCUACACUGAUGCUUUAGCUCUUCCAUUCUGAGAGAGAGUAUAGAGGGACUAGAUUGCUGCUGCUGAGGCGCUAUGCACUGAAGAGAGCAUCAUCUCCCUUUCCUAGCAGUGCACACGGUGGACGGCGUGCCAACAGUCUGAUUCAGAAACGUGUUCAAGAGGAAGAACCAAGAUUAUUUUUACAGCUUUCUGACUAGAUUAAGAUGGAACUUUUCUGUGUAAGCUGUUUUCCUGUUGCAGCUACUCACUGGAUUGUGCAUGAUAGAAACCUGUGGCUUUUCCUUUGUGUCUCUUUAAGUGUUUAUAACUAGCCUGUCAAGGGGUCACAAUUGGGCACAAUAAUGAAAUCUGCAUUGGCCUAAAUGUAUAAGAGGGAUAAUGAUUCUCAAAAGUUAAUACCUCUUAUGUAGGCAUCUGACUUCCAGAAGAGUGUGCACACAACAGCUCCCUUUGAAGUGAGUGCUAGCUUUUUGGCUCAGCUUUCUUGAAAAUACAGAUUUGGGUGUCUAAUUUGAGGUAGUCAUUCUUACAAAUUUUGUCAUUCAUGUAUAUAUGGUUAUAACUCAUUCUAGGGACAUUAAUUUCUUUGACAGAUACAUAGCAAACCAGCACUUUAGCUGUCAAAACUCCUGCCAGCCAGAUGUCGGAAAGUCUAAGACAGGUAUAGACAUGUACUACACAUCCACAAAUGUCUCUCUAAUUUCAGCUAACUAAGAGAGACCUUCUUAUAAUGAGCAUACUAAAAAGAACAGCUUCUUCCUGAAAGUCAGAGGAGGAGCUAUUCAGAUGGAAGCUGGGUGCUGGCUACUCAAGGUAUCAGGGUGAUCCUUUUGAAAGUUUUUUCGGGGAAGGGGAAGUUUAAACUCCUGAUCUUUCUCCCACUGAAGUUCAAUAAGAGUUUUGAACUUCAGUGAAAGCUGACCUCAAAACAGUUUGCUGGUGCAGUGAAAAGAAUGGAUUGGUAGCUUAUUGGUGUAGAAGAGAAGAAAAGCUAGAAAUAACCUAACAGUUGUCUAGAGAAAGACAUGAGAGUGUAAUUCCUGAAGGGGAGAUGGACCAAAAAUGAAUACGUAGAUCAAGGUAUCUUAUAAAGGUGAGAUUUUGCUUUUAAGAGUAUAAAACAAUAGGUGGGAAUGAAUAUGAACUGUGAAAGUUCUUCCUUUAAAAAGGUCUCCACAACAAAAGGAAACAGUGUACAGAAAAGGUUAUUCUUACCUAACCACAUGGGAAAUGGAGGGGUUGAGUUUAUCUUUGUUUCUAAAUUCUAGGGUUUAUUUUGGGACUCGUGCACAUAUUUUGCAUGCAGUGUGGGCACUGUUGUCUCUGACUCGAGGCGACAGAUGUGCUACAGUUGAUGAAUGCUAGAAUAUAUAGCAACUAAUCAUAAACCCAAUGCGAUCACGUUCCAGGCAACAGCAACAGUCUCUAAGAGAUGGAAGAGUUCACAAAAUGUAUAGCAUCGUCCUGUCAUCAAGCAGUGAGUUUGUGACUAAAGAUUGAUCGCUAUAGAGUCCCAUGCUUUGCCUCCAUAGACUUCCUAGGGGUCAGAUUUUGAUGUCCUUAUGCAAAUUCAGCAGAAAUUUAUCCCAUGAAUUAUGCCAUUGAUUUCAGUGAGAGUAUUCAAAUUUAAUAGCUCCUUCACAAGCAAAAGUAUCUACAUUUGGCUUUCCCCUUCUUUGCAAUAUUUAAAAAAUGAGUUUUUAAAUUGUAACUUAGAAUUUUGUGAUUUGAUUAAAGGAUCUGAGAAGACAGUGGGAGCUUUAAAUUGCUUAGCUGCUUUCCUGUUGCAAUUGGAAAAGCAGACCAUGGAUGAAGGUGCUGCAUCAUUGAUUGAGGAACCUAAUUUUAGGUUGCUAAUUCAUUAAAAUCUUGGUGUUUGAAUGUGUGUGUUUGGAAUAUAGAUCAUGUUGCAAAACCUUUACUUAGCCACUAAUCCCUCUCUAAAUAAAGACCUGUUUUGCCUUCUGUUAUUUAAUUGUAUGUGAGGAUAAUGAAGAGUUUAUAUGAAUCUCUGAAAGCAUCUUACAUCAUAGGCCCCAAUCCCUUAAAUUCAUACAUAAUUUUACUUAUGUGAGUAUCCCUCUUUAAUAUGGGGCUACUCACUGAAAGUUACACACUUGCUUAUAUUUACAGGAUUAGAGCCACGGUGUCAAACAUGUCAUUUUAUACACUGAUCAACUCCUUAAUUAACUUAAAAACUGCAGGCACCUCCCUCGUUUCUUUUGUGUUCUGACAUUCAUCAUAGGAGACUAAUACAAUUAAUCACAUCAGAAUAUUUCAUGUUACCUCUUUUGUGCCAGUGAGGUGCCCUGAUUUGUGCUUCACGUUAACACUAAAAAUUACACAUUUUAUGCUGUUUUGAUCUUUAAAAUUGAGUGAUAUUGUUAAUAACUGAGCAUGCAUUAAAAAAACAUUAGUGGAAAAUAAAAUGUAAAAGGAGACUGUUUCUAUUGGAUGAUGAAAAACCAGCCCCAUUUGGGUUUUCCUUGUCAAUUUCUUCUCGUGCCUUAUGUUUAAGUGCCAAAGAUUGUUUUUUAUUAUUGUUUAUAUCCCCUUUUGUGUACUUCAGAUGUUUCAGUUCCCAGUUCUUUUUCCCAGACUCAACUGCAAAGAGUGAAUUAAUUGGACACUCACUUUGUUACUUAAUGGAUAUUGUUGUGCAGCCAAAAAGAUUGAGGAACCUGAAUCCACCUCCCCAUUAAAUGGGAAGGAGAUGUAUGAAGCAAUUUAGUCUAAUAAACAUCUUGAACAUUUAGUCUCUUAAGCCUCACCGAACUUCUACUCUGCAAAAGCAAAUAUAUUUUUUUUCUUGUUGAAUAGAGAUAAAUGACUCUGCAGAUAUCUUAACCAACUCUUUUGUGCUGUGUGGCUGACCAGCCACAAAGCUAAGCAGAUUGCUUCUCUUGUACUGAGACAAGUUGCAGUAAUAGUAUAGACAAAAUGUGAUGGUCUACAUUCAAAAACAUAACAUAAAUAGGAAGUGCCUAAUGGACCAGUCAUUCUGGCUUGACCACACUGGCAUGAAAAGGUGACUCAUUAUUCUAGUCCUGAAAACACACAUAAUUCCAUGCAGUAUUGCUGUAGUUGUGUUGGUCCCUAGAUGUUAGAGAGACAGAGGGGUGGAUGGGUGAUUCAUCAUUUAUUUGACCAACCUCUGCUGGUGAAUGAGACAAACUUACAAACUGUGUCUCUUUUCAAGCUGAUAAGCUGCGUCGGCUUGAAAGUUUCUCUCACCAACAGAAGUUGGUCCAAUAAAAGAUAUUGCCUCAUCCGCUUUUUGUCUCUUAACACAUAACUUAAGUAACUUAACUCAUGAGAGUUUUCCUACAUGUGUGUGUGUUUAUAGGCUCUGAUCUGAAGUUUGCAAAAUUCAAAGUUUUGUUGGUGUGCGAAGGAAGGACCUGUUUUGACAACACAUGCCUAAUAUUGAGUUAAUAAGAUAAUUAUAUAGAUGAGAGAGCUAAUCCAAGGGGUGGACCAUCCAAUUUUGGGACGUCUUAUGAUAGUCUACUCCCACUGAUGGAAGGAGUGAUUUUGGAUGGGCAAGCAACAUAUUCAGGAUUUUGUUUGCAUUCUCAUCAAUUGUGAUGAAGAUUUUAUUAUUGGAAAUGGCAAAUUUUGCAAGGUUUGCAAGGCUGCCUGCGAUGUUCCUAGACUGCCACUUGACUAGCUAUAGUUGCAAUAAUUUCUCGUGUAUAAUAGGAUUAUCAAGUGCAACUGCUGCUCUUCACUAAGUAUUUCGAGUUCAUGUCUCUAAAACCGCAUCACUUCUCACUGGACUGCGAGCAGCCGUAGAUGUAUGAUACCUACUAUAAAAUUGUUCCAAACUUGAUUUAUUGGAGUCGGAUCACUAGCAAUAGUGUCAUCCUCAACAGUGAUAGAUGGAGCUGCAUCAGUCUAACUACUCAGUCUCUUGAGUGUUCAGGACAGCAUCUUACUAUUUUUGUCAGCCCAUUUGUAUUCUUUCUGCUUAGCGCUAUAUAAAGUACACUGCACUCACAUUAAAUCCUUGUUUCCUAGUACUCUGAGUUUUGAAUGUUUUAGGGGGACAAUUUGUAUAAAUACUGUUUGAUUUCUAAGACACUUUUCUUGGAGCUAGAAUUUUAGAAGAUUUUCAAACACAAAUAGAAGUUAGACACUAAAUUUCUAUUAAAAAGAGAAUGUUUGAUUAUGCUAUUUGUAUCUUUUGAAAAUAUCCAUUUUGUGUUUGUUUUUUAAUACCUAUUGUGGAGACAACCACCAAACAGUUAUUUGUCCCCCAUCGAGUUUUUUAAAAGCUUCCCAUUCCAAUCCAGAAGUUGUAAUAGUGCUUGUAUUCAUGUGAAUACAUUCUCUCAUUUGUGCAUGAGAAAUAAUAGAAACAGCUUUGAUGAAAGAAGACAGCUAGGGCAAUUUUUGAUGGAAUAUAGUCAGCAUUACUAAAUACUGUAGUUUAGUAAAAGAAGAGAGAAGACCACAAACAAACUGCAUCUAAAACUCUAAAGAACAUAAGGCAAAAGGCAAGCAAAAAAAUUAUACCCAAGAUAAUGUAUUAAGAUGUAGGGUAGUUAGCAGCAUGACAGUUCUGCAGUGGUUUUCCUACAGUCAGGUUACUACUAACCCUAGUUCUUUAAUAAAAGAUUGAAGAGUUUCUAAAUCCUCUUUAUGAACAAGCUUGGUAAGGAAAAAUCUAGGAUCAACAUUUAAUGGACAGUUAAAAUCCCUUCCCCAAACUAUAAU